AUGCAUCUAAAAACCAUCCUCAUCUCUCUAACUCUAACUCUCACCCUCCAAACAACCGCCACCCCCAUCCCAUUCCUCCGCCACUUCCACUCCAAAGCAACAACCCUAACAGAAUCCCAAAUAACAACCAUCGCCCCAAAAUCAACCUCCUGCGCCGACGCCCCCGCAGAAGGAGAAUGCGCAACAGCCAAACAAGCCGCAAAAUACACCUCGCAAUCAUUCGAAACAUACAAAAUAACCUCCAAACCCGAACAAGCAGCCAUCCUCAGCCUAAUCGCCUUUGAAAGCGAUGACUUCAAAUAUAACAAGAAUCAUUUCCCGGGUGUACCGGGGCAGGGCACCCGAAACAUGCAAUCCCCCGCCUUCAACAAAAAAUACGCCUCGUCCGUCCCAGCGCUGAAAGACAAGCUUCCAAGCGUAAGCAACAGUCCCGCAGACCUGCUGGAUCUACUGCGCGCCGACGGGGCGAUUGAUUUUGGUUCUGCGGCUUGGUUUAUGACGACGCAGUGCUCGGAUGAGGUUAGGAAGGCUUUGGGGGAUGGGUCUGAGGAGGGUUGGGCGAGGUAUAUUUCUGAUUGUGUGGGUACUUCUGUUACGGACGAGAGGAAGGCUUAUUGGGAGAGGGCUGUGAAGGCGCUUGGUGUUUAG